UAAUUUGAAAACAAAACUUUAUUGUCAAAGUUUUAUUACACAUUGGGUUGUCCUUGUCAAUGAAGCUAGACGGACUGUUUGGCUAUCUCACGUUAAAUUCUGGCUACAUAACUCGCAUAUUUUACCACCGCAUUCAAACGCUAAAUUAGUGUUGUCUAGCUUUGUGUCCGUUCGUGAUAUGGCGGCCAAGAUUCUCCCAGUAGUAAAGUUGGUCACUAAAGUGACUGUUGCGGGUGGAGCUUUGUAUGUAGCGUAUGACACGGGGCUUCUAGGAGGAAGUGGGGAAGGUUCGGAAGUCCUCAGCAAAGCUAAAGCUGCCAUUCCUCCUGCCGUGGACGAGUGGAUGAAGUACUUUGGUUUGGAGCUUCCUGCUCCUCCUAAAAUUGAAUUAUCUCCCCUUGAAACAUGGAACUCAGGAGUGCAGAAAUCCAUAGCCGCCCUUUCGGUCGCCCCUACCAGAGCGUGCGAGUACACCGAUCAAGGCAUCCAGUACAUUAAGAAUCUUGCCAAGUGAACCCCAGCAGCAGCAGCAAGAACAACUCCGACGACAUCGGUGUAUCCAGGUUCCAUUUUGAGUGGGUGAAAAGGUUCUUAUCAAAACACAGUCAAAACUUCAGGAUAAAAAUGGCACGUGUUUCCGCGGAGGUUUCGGAAGGACGGUGUAUUGUAUGCUUGCCCCCACAUAAAGAUUUCUUGAUUGAUUUAGACACUGUGCAUUUCUUGUGAGAAAUGGAGCCCGUGUGUGAUUUAUGAAGGCAUAUAUGCACUCAUCUGUCCAGCAACAUCACUCUUCUCCUGCUGAGGCCUGGACACCAGGUGUGAAAUCCAGAUGUGAGCUUGCGGCUAAUCUUCAGGAUAUUAACAGCUGUGUACUGCUUGGGGGUGAAAAGAGCAAACCUAGGAAUUAAAAAGCAGGGCUUUUCAGACAGAUGGGGAUCGAUACACUGCGACACAACUUGCGGGGAUGUGCGUGCUUUUUAUGUGCCGUUCAUUGUUUGGUUGUCCUGUCAUAUUAUUUAUUUAGGAUAUUUUACUGGUUUUGGCUUGGAAUCCGUUCUUCACCCUUUUACCUAUAACAUCUUUUAUACAGAAAUAUGCUGUAUUUUUUGUAUAUAACCAAAUUCCACCCUUUACCAGUUGACACGUUCAAAAAUAAAUAUCAUGCCAGAACA